GCCCCCCGUCUCCGCCGCCGGCGGCCGGAGCAGUUUGGGCGCCGCGGGCCGCCGUCGGUGCGCUGGGGCUGCGGGUCCGGGUCCGGGUCCGGGCGGGAGCAGCGGGAGCCGGAGCCGCCUGGGUCCGUCCCGGCCGUGCCGCGGCGCCAUGAGCGAGAAGGGCGAGCUGGACCUGAGCGGGGCCAAGCACAACACCGGCAUGUGGCUCGUCAAGGUCCCCAAAUACUUGUCACAACAAUGGAAUAAAGCGUCAGGAAGAGGUGAAGUGGGGAAACUAAGGAUUUCCAAAAAUCAAGGAAGAACAGAAGUGUCAUUUACUUUGAAUGAAGAACUUGCAAGCAUCAAUGAUAUUGGAGGAAAACCUGCUUCUGUCAGUGCACCAAGGGAACAUCCUUUUCUUUUGCAAAGUGUGGGAGGACAGACCUUAACAGUGUUCACCGAAAGUUCAGCAGAAGGCCAAUCAGACGAAAAAUCUGAAAGCAGCAGUGCUGAUAAACUUUCCCUGGAAGGAAUAGUGGUGCAACGUGCUGAAUGCAGACCUGCAGCUAGUGAAAAUUAUAUGAAACUGAAAAGAUUACAGAUAGAAGAAUCUUCUAAACCUGUAAGGCUAUCACAGCAGCUGGACAAAGCAGUAACCACCAAUUACAAACCCGUGGCUAAUCAUCAAUAUAAUAUUGAAUAUGAAAAGAAAAAGAAAGAAGAUGGAAAACGGGCUCGAGCUGAUAAACAACAAGUACUGGACAUGCUCUUUUCUGCCUUUGAGAAACAUCAGUAUUACAACAUUAAAGACCUGGUGGACAUAACCAAACAGCCAGUGAUAUACUUGAAAGAAAUUCUCCGAGAAAUAGGCAUCUACAACGUGAAGGGGACCCACAAAAACACGUGGGAGCUGAAGCCAGAAUACAGACAUUACCAAGUAGAAGACAAGAGUGAUUAACAAAACUGCUUACGAAGCAGAAGAGAACUACAGAGGAGAGUGACCGCACCAAGGGAGCUGUUGUGGGUUUACAGACAGAACUGAGCACAGCCCAACUGUGCAAGGCUAAAUUUAAAUUAAAACAACCAAUACUUUGUAAUUUUCCGUAGCCUCAUUUGUUUUUCAGAGGAAUAUUUCUUGUAAGUUUCUAUAAAUGUUUGUCUUUUGACAAAAAAAAUAUUUAUAGAAUAAACUUGUAUUGGAUUUAUCUUUAUUAGAAAUCUUUUGAGUUCAGAUCUUGCUUUUUCUGGAUAGCUUCGUGGUUUUUCUAAGCCUCAAUAACUCAGGAGGAAAACAUGUCCUAGAGGAACCUGUAACUUUGUAUUUUUUGCGUUCCUGUAGAGCCAAGUUCAUGCUCUUUGCUUCUGCUGUGAUCCGUCAGGGCUUUGUCUGGAAGGCUGCGAAGAUGCUCGAUGCUUUGUGUAACGUUUGGGUGGCACGGACGCUGUGCUCCUUUUGGAUUGGGAAAAAUAGCCCAGCCGUGGUGCUCAUCACAGUCCUUAGACUUCAUGGGAGCAAAUAAACAAAUAAAAUAAUAAAGGAAAGAUAGUUUGAUACGCAGGUGUGGGAAAGAAGACAAUCCCUUCUGGGUGGUUACUGGGGAAAAAAAAGAAAUGUCUGUCUACUAAGUACGUCAAGGAAUAGAUUUAUCUUUUUUUAUUAUUAUUAUUAUUUUAUCUAUGUUUUAUGCUUCAGCACACCAAUAAAAUCAUUAUUUUAAUUU